CUGCAGCAGGUGCUAGGCAAGCAAGACGUUGGGUUUCGGUCGGUGGAGCAGGAGCAGGCGCUGCACGCGGUGCUAGGGAAGCAGACGCCGCUGAUUGUCGUACUCCCGACAGGCGGAGGCAAGAGCUUGCUGUUCAGCGUGCCGGCUUGCUUGACGGACGCUGGGGUGACGGUGGUGGUAGUGCCGUAUCGAGCGCUGAUGGAGGACUUGGUGAGCCGCAUACGAAAGUGCGGCAUUGACUGCAUCAAGUGGAAGCACAGAGAGAGCAAUCUGGCGAGCGUAGUUGUGGUUAGCGCAGACAUGGCUGGUGACACAAGAAGCAACGGCAACUUCAUAGGGUACGCGAACAUGCUGCACAGCAAAGGGCUGCUGCGGCAGGUGGUGGUGGACAAGUGUCAUCUCAUCUUCACGUCGAGCGACUGGCGGCCGAAGCUGGCAGAGUUGAAGAACUUGCGGCUGCUGCCGUGCCUGAUCGUGCUGCUCACAGCGACGCUUCCGCCAGUGCGGGAGGGUGAGCUAGCAACAAGCAUGCUAAUUCCGUGCGCAAUGUACAUCCGGGCAAGCACUGUACAGCUAAACACGCAGUACUACGUGUUGUGGUGCGAGCGUGGUAAGGCGUUAGAGACAGUGGUGGCAAUGUGUCGACAGCAGCAGCAGCUACUACUUAGCAGAGGCUGGAAGGGCGUGCUGUACUGUCGCAGCAAGCAGCAGUGUGAAGAGCUAGCUGAGGUGCUGGGGUGUGGGUGCUAUCACGCCGACGUGCCCGACCGUGAGGACUAA